UCUGGCCUGCACGGGAGCGCGCCUGCUCCUGUCACGCUUUACUACUAACCGACGCGCCAGAGGCACGGAAUUCCGGGGAGGAAGUUACUGGGAUUGGAAAAACAACUCCUAACGUGUCAAAACCCACCCGGAGGAAUAUAGGAUUUUUUGGCGCUCGUUUGUCGCGGAAUACAGCAUAACUUUUAGGGACUAUGGACUAGCGGUGGUCGGUAUCGAUGGAGGCGGCGAGAAGUUUUCUGUAUCUCCGGGUACUGCUACUCGGAGUGUCGGGCGCGUUGAGCAGAGAAGUGUGUCUGGGGACUGACAUGAAGCUGGCCCUGCCCUCCAGUGAGCAGAACCACUACCAGAUCCUGAAGCUGCUCUACUCUGGCUGCCAGGUCGUCCACGGCAACCUGGAGAUCACACACCUGCACGGCCAGCCAGACCUAUCCUUUUUGCAGGGCAUCGUGGAGGUGCAGGGGUAUGUGCUGGUGGCUCAUGUGUCAGUGGGCAUGAUCCCCUUGGACAGCCUUCGCAUCAUCAGGGGCAGCCAGCUGUUCAAUAACUCCUACGCCCUCGCCGUGGUGGACAACACAGCCGCAGGGGCGGGGCUUAGGACCCUGCGCCUCCGCAGCCUGACAGAGAUGCUGCUGGGAGGGGUGUAUAUUUGGGGGAACCCCCAGCUGUGUUUCCCUGAUCCCCGGAACAUGAUGUGGAGAGACACACUGGACAACCAGAACACACAUGCUGCAGAGCUCAGACUGCAGGCUCAGGCUCCUGGCUGUCCCAAGUGUUCCUGCAAGAACCGAGGAUGCUGGGGAGAGACCCCCCAGGACUGUCAGACCUGGACCAGUAUCGAGUGUGCGUCAGGGUGUCUGAGGUGUAAGGGAGAUCAUUCCAAUGACUGCUGCCAUAACCAGUGUGCUGCAGGAUGCACCGGGCCCAAGGACUCAGACUGUCUGGCGUGCCGUCACUUCAACAACAGCGGGGUGUGUAAGGACAGCUGCCCCCCCCCCAACACCUACGACAAGGUCACCUUCCAGUCUAAACCCAACCCAGACAAGAAGUUCAGCUUCGGAGCCUCCUGCGUGAAGACAUGUCCUCAUAACUAUCUAGCCAUGGAGGAAGCCUGCACCAUGGUUUGUCCCAAAGCCAACCAGGAAGUGAUCACUAUGCAGCCGGAUGGACAGGAAGUGCAGAAUUGUGAAAAGUGUGAAGGGGAGUGUCCCAAAGUGUGCUAUGGGCUGGGCAUGGGGGGGCUUCAGGGCGUUACCAUGGUGACCUCUGCCAUCAUAGACCAGUUUUCCGGAUGUGACAAGAUCUUCGGCAGUCUGGCCUUCCUGAAGCAGAGCUUCACUGAUGACCCCGUGACCAACACGUCAGGCCUGACUCUCAGACAGCUAGACGUGUUCAACAAACUGGAGGAAAUCACAGGUUACCUGUACAUCGAUGAGUGGCCUGCCAACUGGACAGACCUGAGUGUGUUUGAAAACCUGAGAGUAAUCAGGGGAAGAAUGCUCUAUAAGGGGGUGUUCUCCCUGGGCAUACAGCACCUUCAGAUCCGCUCCCUGGGCCUGCGCUCGCUGCGUAGCGUGAGUGGAGGUCUGGUGCUGCUCAACGACAACCCCCAGCUCUGCUACACCACCUCCCUGCCCUUGGGGCAGCUGCUGCACCCCACACAGGGCCCCCACAGCAUCGUCAGCGGCAACCAGGACCCCCAGCUCUGUGAGGAGCAGGGCCGUGUGUGUGACCCCCUGUGUUCGGGGGGGUGCUGGGGCCCCGGGCCCCGACAGUGCGUCUCCUGCUCGGCCUCCCAGCGAGGAGCGGACUGUGUGGAGGAGUGUCACCUCUACCAAGGCUCUGUGCGGGAGUACCAGGACGGCUCUCUCUGCGGCGUCUGUCACUCAGAAUGUCGACCAAUCAAUGGCUCCGCUUCCUGCCAUGGCCCGGGGCCCCACCAGUGUGCGGAGUGUCUGCACCUGCAAGACGGGGGAGUGUGUGUGUCGCGCUGCCCCAGCGGGGUGAAGGAGGAGCAGGGCACCGUCUGGAAGUACAGCAACGCCAGCGGGCACUGUCUGUCCUGCAACACCAACUGCACGCUCUCGUGCACGGAGAUGGACGAGAGAGGCUGUCCAGUUCACUCCCAGACAGGACCAGGGACGUCCAUCGCGGCGGCGGUGGGCGGAGUCAUUCUGUUCCUGAUCCUAUUGGCUCUGCUGGUGUUCUACCUGCGCAGGCAGAAGAAGCUGCGCAGGAAGGAGACUAUGAGGAGGAUCCUGCAGGAGCACGAGCUGGUGGAGCCUCUAACUCCCAGCGGUGCAGUGCCCAACCAGGCCCAGAUGAGGAUCCUGAAGGAGACCGAGCUGAAGAAGCUGAGAGUGCUCGGGUCCGGAGCCUUCGGCACCGUCUACAAGGGGGUGUGGGCUCCUGAUGGGGAGAGUGUAAAGAUCCCGGUGGCCAUCAAGGUUUUGCGUGAGAACACUUCUCCUAAAGCCAACAAGGAGAUCCUGGAUGAGGCGUAUGUGAUGGCGGGCGUGGCCAGCCCGUACGUGUGUCGUCUGCUGGGGAUCUGCUUGACCUCCACGGUGCAGCUGGUCACCCAGCUGAUGCCCUACGGCUGCCUGCUGGACUACGUCAGGGAGAACCAGGAGCGCAUCGGCUCCCAGUGCCUCCUCAACUGGUGCGUCCAGAUCGCCAAGGGGAUGAGCUACUUAGAGGACGUCCGUCUGGUGCAUCGUGACCUGGCAGCGCGGAACGUCCUGGUGAAGAACCAGAACCACGUGAAGAUCACAGACUUCGGUCUGGCCCGCCUGCUGGACGUAGACGAGACCGAGUACCACGCCGACGGGGGCAAAGUCCCCAUCAAGUGGAUGGCACUGGAGUCCAUCCUCCACAGGAAGUUCACCCACCAGAGUGACGUGUGGAGCUACGGGGUGACGGUGUGGGAGCUGAUGACGUUCGGGGCGAAGCCGUAUGACCAGAUCCCGGCGCGGGACAUCCCCGAGCUUCUGGAGGGAGGAGACCGCCUGCCACAGCCGCUCGUCUGCACCAUCGACGUCUACAUGAUCAUGGUCAAGUGCUGGAUGAUUGAGCCAGACAGCAGACCGAGGUUCAGGGUUCUGGUGUCAGAGUUCAGCGCCAUGGCCCGUGACCCCUCCCGCUACGUGGUCAUCCAGAACGACGAGCAGAUGAGCCUGUCGUCCCCGGUGGAGAGCCAGUUCUUCCGGAUGCUUCUGGAGGAGGAGGGUCCUCACAUGAGGGAUCUCCUGGACGCUGAGGAGUACCUGGUGCCGCAGCCCAACUUCUUCAGAGCGCAGGGAGACGCGCCCUCCAGACACCCCUCUCACAGGAGCGCAGACCAGAGCCUGGAAGGAGAGGGGCCCCUGGCCACUGGCCCUAAGGGCAUGUACUCCUCCCUGGAGACCCUGGGGCGCAGCCAGUACCCCACCCUGCCCCUGGGGGGCAGCAGCGGCCCCUGGACGCCCCCGUACCCUUCGCUGGCCCGGAGCCCGUCAGCGGGGGGGCACUCAGACUCAGUGUUUCUGGACGGGAGCUGUGAGGAUGUCCCGGAGCGCUACUGUAAGGACCCCACGUUCCCCGGCGGCGAGGAGGGGGGCGUGGAGACGGAUGGCCCUGCCCACCGCCUGCAGCAUCACAACCACACGCUGCCCCGCGGGAGCCAGCGAGCUGGUCACCAUGGCAACGCCGCGCCAGAGUACGUAAACCAGCAGGUGCAGCCCCCUCGGCCGGCCCUCCCGGACCGCCCCAGCACCCUGCCCCGCAGGCCCCAGGACAGGAGGAGGCCCAGCGGCCUGAAGAACCCAGAGUACGGCCUGGCCCCCGGACACAGUGGGGAGCACCCAGAGUACCUGGUCCCUCUCCCCACCUCCCCGGCCUUCGACAACCGCUACUACCUGGACCUGCCAGCCACGGCCUGGGCUGGGGGGGCGGGGGGGGCAGCCAGACACAUCAACGGGUUUGUGACGCCCACGGCUGAAAACCCGGAGUACCUGGGCCUGGCGGACACCUGGGGGGGCCACACCUGAGUGAGAGGGGGUCUCAAAGGUGUGGCGGAGAGGGGGAGGGAGGUUGGCCACAGCUGGUGGGAUGGGCGGAGUAAGGGAUGUGAGAGAGUGUGUGUAUGUAUGUGUGUUUGUCUUAGUGAGACAGGAUGUGUAAGUGUGUGUGUCAGAGCCAGUUAAUGAGGGGUAUGGCCUCAUCGUGGCCUUGGUGGGACAAAAUAUGUUUACACAGCCUCUGAAACAACACUAGGUACAAAUGUACUAGUUGAAAAGUUCUCAAAUCCACACGGUACUAACAAGCCUGGCUGGAUCUGCAGGAGAACUCAAGUAACACUGGACUGAGCAGAUGAGUACAGAAAUCCAUCUUUUCAGUGACUUUUUUCUUCUGCAAGUUAUCAUUAAUGCUUCUGGUGGGAAAAUAUUUUUUUAUGGACUUUCAUCAAUCUCCUUGUAUCAUCCCGUCUAAUCCCGUCGUCCUUAAAAAAUUUACGACGCACCAAUGGAACACUACCAACGGAACAGUACCAACGGAACAGUACCAACGGAACACGUACCAACGGAACACGUACGAGUCGUGUGGCUUCUCAGUGAGAGAGAACUCCCCGAAUAGCAGAGACACGUUUAGUAUUCUGGCCAGUGACUCUCACACUCUCCUCAAGACAUUCAGGACAAUCAAAGCCAUGUUGUUGUGUCAUGGCUGCCUGUCCGGCCAACACCAGGACGCUCUGGGAGACGGGCGUGUGUAGAAGACAGUCUCUGCUGUGGAGGCAGACAGCCGUACCCUCCCCUAACCCACACAGGCUGAACAUGGGGCGAUGGACGGACAGAAUACUAAUCAGUUUGCUUUGACAAUGUUGUAAAACCUUUCUCAACCUGGUACUGUCAGAAAAAAAAAGCUGUUGAAAAAAAACUCUAAAUGACAACGUUUCUAUGUAGGUUUUUUGAGAAGGUUAUUUGCAUUUUGAUCUCAGAUGUAUACAAUGCCGUAUGUAUUCCCUGUCUUUCUAUUCCUGUGUGGGUGUGACAGAGGGUCCAGUGUUGGCCCUCUGCUAAAGUCUGAGGCACUUCUCCUUGGUGUUAACAUGCAUCAACACCAUACACCA